AUGGCUUCCUUUGGCCUGUGCGCCUUCCACAAAUGCAAACUUGAAUUUCCCAACUGUGAAGUUUGUAAACCAAGUGCCACAGCGAUGCUGUCUCCCACGUAUUUUGAGGGGGAGGAGAAUAAUAUCAGAGAAGGACCAGGAGAGGAUGCUCCCAUGGAGAGGUGUCAGAAAUUCAUUUUACUUCCUUUCAUCUUAUUGGCCUCACUAACAGAUCUUGGCUUCUGUUCUUUUAUUAUAACUGGCCCUACCAACGUGACAGUCCUUGCUGGUUCAGAAGCCCGGUUUAAUUGCACUGUGUCGUCAAAAUGGGUAAUUGUCAUCUGGUUGUCAAACGGAAAUCCGGUCCUCACCGUGGUAAAUCCUCAAGGACCUAUAAUAACCUCAGACCGCUUCACCUCCCAAAAUUACACCAGCACGAGUGGGUUUACCUUGGAGCUGAUCGUCCACGACACGCGGCUCAGUGACUCUGGUAGAAUAGAGUGCAGCACCCAGCAAGGUAACGAGAGCAGCUCYGCAUUCCUCUGGGUCCAAGUUAAUGGAUCUUUAUUCAUCAAAAAUAGCACCAUUACAGUAAAAGAGAACAAAACAGUUGAAAUUGUUUGCGAAGCCUUAGGAUGGGCUCCAGCUCCAGACAUUACCUGGAUGACAAAUGACACUUUCAUAGAUAAGUCGAGGUAUGUUACCAAGCAAAGUCAAGGAUCUAAUGGCCUUCACAAUGCCAUGAGCAUCUUAACUUUGACUCCAACGGACACUGAGAUUGUGACUUGUUUAGCUGACAUAGAAGCACUUCCUAGCCCUCAGAAUGCAACUAUAACUGUUUUUUUCCUCAACUCUACUGUAGAAAGUGAUUACAGUGAAGACAAAACAAGUACAUGGAUCAUUGUACUUGCGGUUGUGUUCUCAAUUAUUGGUUUUAUUCUUCUGAUCUUUAUUAUUUGGGUUGUCGUACGCUGCUUCUGCCAAAAGAAGAAAGGGUCCACUUAUCAAAAGGAGAUAAGAAAAUCUUCAGCUAAGAAGAAAAACAGUGGCCAUUUGCAAAACAGCCAAAGAGAUGGUGAUGAAAAUCGUGGAUAUAUUCCAGAAGAACCAACAUACACAGAACACAUCCCAAGAAUUGUCUCUCUUCCCCCAAUGUCUUCCAAGUUUACUGUCCCUGAUCCGGAUUCACAUGCCAGUUCUGCCUCAAAGGUGCGACCUCAAAGACGAACUGAUUAUCCGAUCAGCCCAAAGAAAAUUAGAAACGUGACACAUGUUUAGGACGUACUUUUCCAGGAAAGUUCUCUGCCAGCUGCGUGUCACACGUGUGGAUGACUUCCAGCAGUGAAGAAAGAUUAUCACUAGUUCUGUCAUCUUAAGCUACAGAUUAUUUUUUAUUUUUUCAAUAAUGGAACACAGUUGCAACCCUCACCAUGUUCUUUCAAUAAUGGAACACAGUUGCAACCCUCACCAUGUAUCAUACAUAUAUCAGCAAAAUAAUGGACAUGAAUGGCAACCUUAAAUUCAAGGACAAUAAAAUUCAUGAGACUCCAGAAAAAAGGGGAGUCGUGCUUUGGGUCCCAAGGAAACGAGCAGAACUCCUUACUGGGCAGACCUCUUUGGUUAUCUACAGCAAGGUCCAGGACUGACAUCGGUGGAGAUUUAUUAGCUUGGAAAAGUAGUUUAAUAAUAAUACUGGUUAAUGCAAUACCUGCUGUGUUUUUAAAAUUUGCUUUAUGUUGAUUUUGUAAAUCAAGCACACUUUUCAAUUUCUGUUCUGUAAUAAAAUCAAGGGAAAUUUUCAUCAGAAUCCUUUCAGAAUUUCUAACAAAACAAUCUGGAUUAGAAAUACGUUCUUUUCAUUUCAACAGAUUCUUUGUUAAAGCAUUUUUUUUWAAAAAAAGCAAUGUUCCAGUAUUAAGUAAGAAGUCACCCAUACGCCAGAAAGACCUGUUUUGAUUGAAAAGCAAAAAUCUUAAGCCUGAAAAAACRUGGACUCGAAGCUCCUGACUUGUGAGCCUUGGUGCUGGAAAGCUUUACCCCUCUGUCCUACCUGAGGGCUGGGUUUGUCAGCUAAGAAGUGGUGCGUGUCCCAGCGCAGGGCGCCCGGUGCUGCGCCCUGCUUGCCGAGGACAGAGUCGACAGUGACUGUGGCAGACACAGCCUGGCUACUUAACCCGGCCAGUGGAGCAGAUCUGGCGUGUGGGAGCCCAUAUGUGCCUUCCUAAACUGAAAAUAAAGACUUCUAGCAGAAAUGUUGUAGCUAAAAUCUUGUACUCCACAUAAAAAAAAAAUCUCUGCUUAUUAAUUUUUUACACAAAGGCGAAGUUCCUUCACAGAAGAGGCCGUUUUCCAGUAUGCUCUCCUUCCCAGCCACUCCAAGCAUUCUGAAUUAUCCAGUGCUUUGCACAUUAAUCUUUCAUAUGAAGCCACGCAUGUGCUGUUUGAGCGAUGAAGGAAGUAGAAACAGAAUUAUUUUUUCAGUGGCAUUCUGUGCAAAGAAAACAAGAAAUCUAAACCGUGAUCUCAGGAAGAUAUUUUGCAUGUUCAUUUUUGGGGAUCUCAUUAAAUAGUGACAGAUUUUGCACUAUUGGUCACAUUUUUACUUUGUCA